UUUCACUGAUGGACAUGAAACCUCCCAUCUCUAGAGCCAAGAUGAUUCUGAUUACUAAAGCUGCUAUUAAAGCUAUUAAGCUUUACAAGCAUGUUGUUCAGAUAGUAGAGAAAUUCAUCAAAAAGUGUAAACCAGAAUACAAGGUUCCAGGAUUAUAUGUCAUUGAUUCCAUUGUGAGACAGUCUCGUCAUCAGUUUGGAACUGAUAAAGAUGUUUUUGGGCCAAGAUUCUCUAAAAAUAUAACUGCUACAUUCCAAUAUUUAUAUCUUUGUCCAUCUGAAGAUAAGAGUAAAAUAGUUCGUGUGCUAAAUCUUUGGCAAAAAAAUGGAGUAUUCAAAAUUGAAAUUAUUCAGCCUCUUUUGGACAUGGCAGCAGGAGCCAGUAAUGCUGUUCCAGUAGCAGAGAGUGUCACCAACAAUGAAGGCUCACCUCCACCCCCAGUAAAAGCCUCUUCUGAACUUACACAAGCUCCCACAAACUCCAUGCCUGCUGUACCACAGUUGCCCAGCUCUGAUGCCUUUGCUGCUGUGGCUCAGCUGUUUCAGACAACUCAAGGCCAGCAGCUGCAGCAGAUCCUUCAGACUUUUCAACAGCCUCCAAAACCACAGUCUCCCGCCCUUGACAAUGCUGUGAUGGCUCAGGUUCAGGCUAUCACAGCUCAGUUAAAGACAGCUCCUACACAACCACCUGAGCAAAAAGCUGCUUUCCCCCCACCUGAACAAAAAACUGCAUUUGACAAGAAGCUGCUUGAUAGAUUCGAUUAUGAUGAUGAGCCUGAAGCUGUGGAAGAUGCAAAGAAAGAGGAUGCUACUGUCACCGCUGUAGCCUCUGCUGCUGCUGCUGCUGCCCCUUCUACACCCGCUGUGGCUACACCUGCUCUUGCUGCUGCUGUGCCAGUACCCUCUACCACCUCGCCCCCUCCUCCACAGGUGCCAUUUGGCUAUCCUGGGGAUGGCAUGCAGCAGACAGCCUACACACAUCAAAGUAUGGAUCAGUUUCCACCUCGGAUGAUGGGAAUGCAGCAGGAUACAGUGCACCAUCAGGUUCCCCUUCCUCCUAAUGGACAGAUGCCAGGAUUUGGACUUCUCUCUGCACCUCCAUUUCCUCCCAUGCCACAGCCUGGGAUGGCCCAACCUGGGAUGCCGCAACCUGGGAUGCCACAGCCUGGGAUGGCCCAACCUGGGAUGCCGCAACCUGGGAUGCCACAGCCUGGGAUGGCCCAACCUGGGAUGCCUCAGCCUGGAAUUCCCCUAACUCCACCAGUACAACCAACUUUCCAACCUACUUUUCAGCCACAGAAUGAACCCCUUUCACAAAAACCACAUCAGCAGGAAAUGGAAGUAGAACAGCCUUGUAUCCCAGAGGUUAAGCGGCACGUGCCAGAGAGCAGAAAGUCAAGAUCUAGGUCACCAAAAAGAAGAAGAUCUAGAUCUGGCUCUAGGUCUCGGAGAUCCCGUCACCGACGUUCUCGGUCCCGGUCCAGGGACAGGCGCCGGCACUCACCUCGGUCUCGAUCUCAAGAAAGACGGGAUCGAGAAAAAGAGAGGGAACGGCGACAAAAAGGCCUCCCUCAGAUCAAAUCAGAAACUGCAAGUGUUUGUAGUACCACACUGUGGGUGGGACAGCUGGACAAAAGGACUACUCAGCAAGACGUUGCCAGUCUCUUAGAAGAGUUUGGUCCUAUUGAAUCAAUUAAUAUGAUUCCUCCCAGAGGUUGUGCCUAUAUCGUAAUGGUUCACAGGCAGGAUGCAUACCGUGCCCUGCAGAAACUGAGCCGGGGAAACUAUAAAGUGAACCAGAAAUCUAUAAAGAUUGCCUGGGCCUUAAACAAAGGAAUAAAGGCAGAUUAUAAGCAGUAUUGGGAUGUUGAAUUGGGUGUUACUUAUGUCCCGUGGGACAAAGUCAAACCUGAGGAGCUGGAGAGUUUUUGUGAAGGAGGAAUGUUGGACAGUGACACACUUAACCCAGAUUGGAAAGGCAUCCCUAAGAAGUCUGAAAAUGAAGUUGCUCAAAAUGGAGGUGCAGAAGCCUCCCACACAGAUCCAGUGUCACCCGUACCUAAGCCUUUGCCUGUGCCUGUCCCUCCUAUUCCUGUUCCUGCGCCUAUAACAGUGCCACCUCCACAGGUCCCACCUCAUCAACCGGGCCCUCCUGUAGUUGGUGCUCUCCAGCCUCCUGCUUUCACACCUCCCUUAGGAAUCCCCCCUCCAGGCUUUGGCCCUGGUGUUCCUCCUCCUCCACCACCAUUUUUGCGCCCAGGAUUCAACCCGAUGCAUUUACCACCAGGUUUUCUUCCUCCUGGACCCCCACCUCCUAUAACUCCACCAGUAUCCAUUCCUCCUCCUCACACUCCACCAAUAAGCAUCCCAAACUCUGCUAUCGCUGGUAUAAGUGAAGACACUACAAAAGACUUAUCUAUUGGAAAUCCCAUUCCAACAGUGGUGUCUGGGGCUAGAGGAAACGCCGAGUCUGGUGACAGUGCGAAAAUGUAUGGCUCUGCUGUGCCACCUGCUGCACCCACGAAUCUGCCUACCCCUCCUGUAACCCAGCCUGUUUCACUUCUUGGCACUCAAGGAGUUGCACCUGGUCCUGUAAUUGGGCUCCAGGCACCAUCUUCUGGUCUUCUUGGUGCCAGACCUGGCAUGAUCCCACUCCAGCGCCCCCCAGGGAUGCCUCCACCUCACUUGCAACGGUUUCCUAUGAUGCCACCUCGCCCCAUGCCACCGCACAUGAUGCACAGAGGUCCGCCUCCAGGACCAGGGGGCUUUGCUAUGCCCCCACCUCAUGGAAUGAAAGGGCCCUUUCCACCACAUAGCCCUUUUGUUAGGCCUGGUGGAAUGCCAGGGCUUGGGGGCCCAGGCCCAGGCCCAGGAGGACCAGAAGAUAGAGAUGGAAGGCAGCAACAGCCUCAGCAACAACAGCAGCAGCAGCCACAGCCGCAACCGCCACCACAACAGUCACAGCCACAGCAGCCACCACCGUCACAGCAGCCAGCACCAGCUCAGCAGCAGCCACAGCAGUUUAGAAAUGAUAACAGGCAGCAGUUCAAUUCAGGUAGAGACCAAGAAAGGUUUGGAAGAAGAUCUUUUGGAAAUAGGGUGGAAAAUGACCGGGAACGUUAUGGCAACCGUAAUGAUGAUAGAGAUAAUAGUAACCGUGAAAGGAGAGAGUGGGGAAGAAGAAGCCCUGACCGGGACAGACACAGAGACUUGGAAGAGAGAAAUAGGCGCUCUAGUGGGCAUCGGGACCGAGACAGGGAUUCUAGAGACAGAGAAUCUCGUAGAGAGAAGGAAGAGAAUCGAAAAGAGAAGCACGAGCUAACAGACAGGGCAGGUGGUAGCAAAGCCAGUGAACCUCCCCUUAGCCAAGUGGGAAACGUAGACACUGUUUCAGAACUUGAUAAGGGGGAGGCUGUGGCCACAGUGGUAAAAUCUGAAGAGUCACCUGCUGAGGCUACCUCAUCCGUUGAACCCGAAAAGGAUUCUGGCUCAGCAGCAGAGGCUCCUCGCUAGAGACUGGAUAUGACAGAAUGUGGCAGUGACACUUGGGUGUAGAGCUGAGGUGUACAGAUGCUGUAUAAUAUUUGCUCCUGCUACAUUACCCCACAGUAGUUGAUGGGGACUGUAAGCAAUUUGAUUGCUUCCCUUCUAUUUAAAAAUAGCCACAAAAUAACAAAAAAUACUGAAAAUAUAUUACCCUUUUUUGCUGUAACUUUUUAAAAGUUUUGACUUUUAAAAGUUUACAAAUCCUAAUUAGAAGUGCUCUCUAUUUUUUUUUUAAUUUAAGACAAGGUAACGGUGAAAGCUCCUCAAACAAUAGGGAUGUUUUUAAUAAACUCUAUUUUCGUAACAAA